UACGAAAAAUCAAUCCCAAAGAAGAAUAAGAAAAAUAUCUUGCGCUCAUUACAUAAUGGUGAACACGUAAUACUAUAUAUAGAUAGUCGCCCCAAUUAGUUAAUAUCUUAUCCAACAACUUAACCAAACAUGUCUUCGAACCCAUCGAUUAUUGAAAAUCUCCCAUUCCAAUCAACCACGUUCACCAUACUCGCCCUUCUACUAUUUCUUUACACACUAUCUGUCAUAACAAGAAAUCGCAAAGGCCCAUCCAAAUCACCACUGGAGGCUGGUGGUGCAUGGCCUUUAAUAGGGCACCUCCACCUUUUUGGCGGCUCACAACCACCUCACGUGACGCUAGGCGAAAUGGCCAAAAAGUACGGACCAAUUUUCGCCAUACGACUCGGAGUUCACAAGACUUUGGUUGUGAGCAGCAAGGAGAUGGCCAAAGAGUGUUUCACAAUUAACGACAAGGCGUUUGCUAGCAGGCCUACAGGCAUUGCCUUUGAGGUGUUGGGUUACAAUUUUUCAAUGAUAGGGUUCUGCCGUUACAGCGCCUAUUGGCGCUAUGUGCGUAAAUUGGCCACCUUGGGGAUCCUCUCUACCAACCAGACAGAGAUACUGAAGCAUAUCAUGGAGUCGGAGGUGAAGAUCGCAAUGAAAGCGAGCUAUGAUUUGUGGUUAUUGAAGAAAACUUGUUCGGAAAAGGUUACCGAGAUGAAGAAAUGGAUAGGGGAUAUAACCUUGAACAUCAUGUUUCGAAUAGUGGUGGGGAAACGUUUUGGUGUUGUGGUGGGAAGCGACUGCGGCGGCAACGAGGAGAACGUACGGCUUUGGAAAGCAGUUAGAGAGCUUUUCGAGCUGAGUGGGUCAUUCUCGAUUUCAGAUGCGAUGCCAUAUUUGAGAUGGUUAGAUUUAGAUGGGAAAGAGAAGGCAAUGAAGCGAACCAGAGAUGAGUUGGACUACUUCGUUCGAAUUUGGCUUGACGAACACAAAUGGAAGAGGCUUUAUGGCGUAGGAAAACAAAAAGAUCAUCACCAUGAUGAUUUCAUGGACACGCUUUUGUCUACCGUUGAUGAAGAAUUUGAUGGUCGUGAUCCUGAUACUAUAAUCAAAACCACAUGCCUGGCCAUGAUUAUAGGUGGAACAGACACUACUACCGGAACUGUAACUUGGGCUCUCUCGUUACUUCUCAACAAUCGAAAUGUUCUAAACAAAGUGAGAGACGAAUUGGACUCACAAAUUGGGAGGAAAAAAAUGGCAGUAGAGGAAUCAGACUUGAACAGCUUGGUAUAUCUCCAAGCCGUCAUCAAAGAAACAAUGCGCUUGUACCCUGCAGUACCACUAGGUGCUCCACAUGAGUCCAUGGAAGAUUGCAAUAUUGGUGGUUAUCAUAUCCCUGCUGGUACACGCCUCUUGACUAACAUAUCAAAGAUUCAUCGUGAUCCUACAAUAUACGAUGAUCCUUUGGAAUUUCGACCAGAGAGAUUUCUUAAGGAACAUAAGGAUAUCGACUUUAAGGGCCAUAAUUUUGAAUUCAUUCCGUUCGGUGCUGGUAGAAGAAUGUGUCCUGGGAUCCCAUUUGGCCUUCAAAUGAUGCAACUAAUGCUUGCUAAUUUGUUACAUGGGUUUGAUAUUGUUACUGUUGAUGGAAAGCCAGUAGAUAUGGUUGAAGAGGUUGGGCUAACCAGCGUCAAAGCUUCUCCACUCCAUGUUAUUCUUACUCCGCGUCUCUUCGCUCCACUUUAUUAUGGUAAAAACUAAAAGGUAGUGCAUGAUAAUAACCUUAUACGACAGAUUAUAAGUGUUUGUGAAGCAGUAAUAUUGUAGGAUUGUGUUCUAUUCACUGCUUCUAAUAAAUACUUCAAC